GUAACUCAUUGCGGCUUUUAUUUGAUCAUAUAUCAAGGGGCAUGGCUAGGCUGCUGGGAUAUUGAAGCAUACGUUUUCAAUUACGACAGCUUUGUUCGCAAACAGUGUCAUACACACAGGACAGACUAGUACUCCAGAUGCAGCAUGCAGCUUUUUAAGAAUUCCUAACUUUUUCUUCUAUUUAACGGUUUUGUUUCCUGUUUAUCCCAGAAUGUGAGCAGCGAUGUCUGGGAUGUGUUAUCCUCCACCACCUCACAAUGCAUUGUACAUUACCCCAUGACGGAGAACAUAGUGCUAGAGGACGUGCUCACUCUGUUUCCCAUGUCUUUUCUAACACGUCUAACACCAGAACCCGGCUCCCCUGUUGAAGAUAUAACAUGGUCAGAUUUGCGAGGUGUCUUGGAGAAUUCAGCCCAGCACUACCUGUAUUUAAGAGAGCAUUGUGGACCCCCUGCUGAAUUCUUCUCCUGUCCGGAUGGAGAGAAGAUAAAGAUAGAUGGAAAAUCUGUUCUUCAUGCACCUUUGUACCGUGAUGAGGACUCUCAGAAAAUGCUGCUCUUAGUAAAUCCAAAGAAAAGAGACUCAGUUUUAGCUGUGUAUAUGAAUGGCAAGUGGUGGGGUGUAGAUGAAGUAUUGCAAUCAUGCAUGCCAGUCCAACAGGGUUUAAAACAGGUUCAGACAUGUGGAGAAAGGAUUGUCCUCUUUGUUCUGAACUGCCUAGUGUGUGGCUUUGUGGAAGGAGGUGAUUCAGAGAAUGGGGUUUGCUUCCUUCCACACUCUGCAGGGGAGCUGGCCAAGAUAUUCUGGCAUCACAAAGAGGCUGUGGCAUUUUACACGUACAAAAACAAAGGCAACCUAUGUGACAAGAGCAAUCAGUGUUACAUGCUACCAGUGCUGGAUACCAUCUAUGUGCGGGAGAAGUGGCGAAGGCAUGGUUUUGGGAUUGCAAUGCUACAAGACUUUUGUCACACAUUUGUACAAGAAGUUGCCUUAGGUGUCAGCUCCCCUAUUUCUCCAGAAAUGUAUCACGUUUUUGGCAGAUUUCUAGCAGACAAUCACAAGGAACAAGAUCGUCUUUGGGAGGUGGAGCCACCAGGUGACUGGAGUCAGCGCACUAAUAUUUGGUUACAGAUUCAGCUUGGUGAGACCCCAGUGAUAAAGUGUCCUACAGAAGGAAUAUCAAAACACCAAGGAAUGAAGAUUCCUGUGAUAGAGGGUCAAGGUGAUAGUGACAGAGAAAACACUGUCUCAGCUGAGGAUGACACGACCACUGGAUGCUCAACUCAGCAGCUCAGCAAGAGGCGGAAAAAUCAAGUUGAAAAAGUCUGUGACACAAAGAAAAGAAAACUAAAGUCAGCAUACACUGAUAUUCCAGUGGGCUUACUAGAGCAGGUGCGUUGUGAUAGAAUUGGAUACAUUACAAAGCUUUAACUGUAUUUCUUUAUUCCAUUAUAGUAUAAGUUUACACUGUUGUUUUUUAAUUAUUAUUAUGUAGACAAUUAAGUCUGGGUUUUACUUGCAGUGGGUUCCUGACUGCUCGCAACUUACUGUAUUUACAACCUGAGCAUUUCCUAAAUGAACACGUACUGACCCCUAGUGGUAAAAUUACAGAAUACAAUUUAUUAGAAUAACAUCUUAAGAUAGUAAAGGCCAGAUUUUUACCUUGUACAGUGGGGCAAAAAAGUAUUUAGUCGGCAACCAAUUGUGCAAGUUCUCCCACUUAUC